CGGUAUUACAAGCGCAGAAAACUUCCGCAGGAGUGGACACGAGACGACGCGCGGGGCCGCUUGGCGCGAGCUCGCGAGAAAACAAAGGCGAGAUUAGAAGAGCGAGCUCAGAGGCGAGGGAGAAACGCGCGCACGGCGAUUGACGCGCGAUUGAGGAAAGUCCGUCGAACGCGCGCGGCGCGCUCCUCCGUGCACGAGCAGGAGAGAAGCGCGCGCUUCUUUCGCUUCCGGCCUGAAGUUGGCGGAAAAUCGCGGGUAAUCUCGCGGCGCGGCGCGGCGCGGCGAGUAGCAGCGACGCUCUCGAUCUCGAGUCGCGCCGUUGGGGCGACCGUUGAGCGGCGACCUGGAGGCAUCCUCUCGACGACGCACCGUAGCGACCGGCGAUCGCUGGGCGCCACUGCGAGCUCAACCGUGCCGAAACACGUGCGGCGCGGCCAGGCAAGACGAGCGGCUGCAGACUCUACUCGGACCUCAGCUUCGCGGAUCUCAAUUUUUCAUAGUUCGCCCGUGACCAGCGCUAUCGGCGAUGGGCGCCAAGAACGAGUGGGACUACUCCAUCGAGAACGGCCCCAGCACGUGGGUGACCAAGUUCCCCAUGGCGGCCGGCUCGAGGCAGAGCCCGGUGAACAUCGAGACCUCUCGGGCGGAGUCUGACCACGAGGCCCUUAGCAGCAAACCCCUGCGAUGGAAGUAUCCGGCAACGGCCUCACGGACGCUGGUUAACCCCGGCUACUGCUGGCGGGUGGACGUCGACGGCGAGGGCACAUUUCUCAGCGGCGGCCCGUUGAUGGACGACGUCUACAAGCUGGAGCAAUAUCACUGCCACUGGGGAUGCAGCGACUCCCGGGGAUCCGAGCACACGGUGGACGGCCAGGCUUUCGCCGGAGAGUUGCAUCUGGUGCACUGGAACACCAGCAAGUACAAGACUUUCGCCGAAGCCGCGAAAGCGCCGGACGGUCUCGCUGUCUUGGGAGUCUUCCUCAAGGUCGGCAAGACCCACGAGGAGAUGGACAAGAUCGCGCGUCUGCUGCCCUUCGUCUCGCACAAGGACGAGGAAAUCGACAUCACGGAGACGAUCGACCCCGGUAAACUUUUGCCCGUGCGCGGUGGACGAGCCGGCACGCAGAGAUGCGUGAAUCCGUGCAUGCGCUGGGCCGACCGAAUCAUACCACGCCACGAGAACAAAUGGGACUUUCAAGACGAUAACGGCUACUGGACGUACUUGGGCUCUCUCACCACGCCGCCGUGCAACGAGAGCGUCACUUGGAUCCUCUUCAAGAAGUACAUCGAGGUGUCGCACCGCCAGCUCAACAUCUUCCGUAAUCUGCGAAAGUUCCCACGCGGCGAGGAGUGCCCUUGCCACGAGAAUCACGGAGCGGUGAUCAACAACUUUCGUCCGACCAUGCCGCUGGGCAAUCGCGUCCUGCGCGAGUGCGGCAGCUUCUAAGGACACCUCCGCGCCUCCCGGAGGAGGGGCGCGACAGCAGGGACGAUGGAAUCGCGACCCUCUUCGCCUCGCCACGUCGUUUCCGCGAGCCAUCGAUCCCGACGGGAGCGACGACCAGGGAUCACGACGACGACACGGCCGCUAACGCGGACGACGGCUGGCUGGCGUUCAACGUGUGCCUUUCGAUUAAUCAGCAGCGGAUUCAGCCGCGAACAACAGCUCUCGCCCAGGGCUCGUAAUCGUUCCCCCCCCCCCCCCGCCCGUAAUCGAGGCUCGAUCACGUGCAAUCGAUCCCGCGGCAGGCGGACUUUCGCCUCGCGGAUUAGGAGGAACCAGCGUUCGCCGCACGACCGACCGCCGCACCAACUCGCGAGCUCGCGUCUUCUCGUGCUACGUCCUCGAGUCGUUUGCGAGGCGAUGUAACGGGCACACCGUUGCCGGAACAUUGUCUCUCUCUCUCUCUCUCUCUCUCGAAAGCGCCGCACGACUCUGUCGCGAGGUGGAAAUGCUGCGGAUCGCGUUCCCGCAUCCUUCGCUCCGUUACUCGCGGAAGCCUCGCGGAGGCAUCGACGACUACUUCGCGCGAACACUGUCGUGCCGAUCUGGCCGAUCGGGCGCGCCUUGACGACGGACAAACACGCACGAGGCGACGGGAAGAUUAAAAGAAAAAAAAAGAACACUCGCCGGCACGCAUUCGUGGCCAAUUAGCGGCUGCGCCCUGUCUUUCGACAGCCUCAGGGACGCUUCGUGGCGUGGCGAUGCCACCGGUUGACCGUGUCGCGUAUCUAGAACACUCGUCUGAAUAUAGUCUCGUGUCCCUGAACGAUCCGAAAUAGCGCGCAUUUCGGUGGACGGCUAAUUCGAGGUGUGUGUGGCUGAUCUAUCAAGAAGCGUCACGAUCGCAAGGGAUCGCCGGUCAAUUUCCGCCGUCAACUUGCCGGUCGCGCCUGGCCGGGUAGAUUCGCGUCUCGCCGUCGCGUCGAGCCUGCCUGAGCAUUUCGUUUUAAUUCGAGUGCAAUUGUACGAGUGAAACGUAGAUUCAAACACUAGAGCGUCUGCUGCUUCUCACGCGCGGGGAAAUGUCGCUUUCUCGUUAAUUAGACUCGCUCGAUUCAGCAGCAAGUAGAAACUGUGCGUUGCGCUUGCGUGCGCGCGGCCGAAGCAGCCGCGGAGACGGAGAAGUGGAGCCGCGUGGGUCCACGUGGAUCGCGAUAGCGCACUGAUCGCCCGUCGCGGCUGGAAUGUCUCAUUAAUGUCACCGUGUACGUUAGAUUAACGUACG